AUGGAACUAGUAAAAUAUCUCACAAAUACUUUUCUGUAUGGUUUUGGAUAUGUCUAUUCAACUGAUGAUUACUUCUUAGUUUUGGGGUCUCGCGCUUCCUAUUAUUGGGUAUCUAGGUCGAUUGAAUUGGAGAUUUUCUCACUGAGAGCUAAUAAGUGGAAACGAAUUGAGCUUGCUUCUAAUUUGCCUUAUACAAUAACUAAAUAUGGACAUGAUCCUAGAGACGGGUUGCUCUUAGAUAAGGCUAUUCACUGGAUAGUUUAUAAUCAUGAGACCUCAAAGGAUGUUAUUAAUACCUUUGGUUUAAAGGAAAUGGCAAUCACAGAGAUAGCUUUGCCUGAUGAUUUUCGUUUUCAUGCUACACAUUAUCCUAAGAACUAUGGUUUGGUGGUACAUGACAGACUUAUCCGUGCAUCUUGGAUUAAAACUCAUGAAUUUUCUAUUGAUCUUUUUAUGCACUAUUCUUUAUCCAUAGUGUGCCUUUCAAAUUGUGGUGAUAUAAUCGCAACAGAUGGUAGAGGUGGAUUGAUGAAGUUUAAUGAUAAGGGACAACUGUUAGAAUAUCACUGCUGUCGUAAGGGCAUGGACUCAAAAAGAUCUCAAAUGGCUCUGUAUACAGAGUCUAUGUUUUCGCUCCUUGUGGCUACUAAACAGACUUUUAAAGAUGACUUGUGA